ACGAUACAAGUCAAGAGUACACAAGUCAACCAUGACACGCGAGACCAGCACCGAUAGCUCUCAACGCAUCUACACCUGGGACUCUCUAAGCUCCGAUAGCGACUCUGCAAUGGAACAUGCGAGCAUAACCAGUGAGAGCAGCUCCACUGAAAGUUGCGGGGCCCCGGAUCGUCCUCGGGUGGCUCUUAUCACGGGUAUCACUGGGCAAGACGGAUCGUAUCUGAGUGAACUGUUGCUGUCUAAAGGCUACACGGUCCACGGUAUUGUUCGUCGGUCGUCGAACUUCAACACAGCGCGACUGGAGCAUUUAUACCGAGACCCGCGCGAUCACAGCGUCCGGUUCUUCCUGCACUACGGAGACCUCACGGAUUCAUCCAAUUUGUGCCAGAUCGUGGCACGUGUGCGUCCAGACGAAGUGUACAACCUGGGAGCAAUGUCCCACGUGAAAGUCUCCUUCGAACUGGCCGAAUACACAGCGGAUGUCGACGCUUUAGGCGCUCUCCGCCUGCUCACAAGCUUGCGAACAUGUGGCCUCGAGCAUUCCACGAGAUUCUACCAAGCGUCUACAAGCGAGUUAUAUGGUAAAGUACAAGCCACACCACAGGAUGAGAACACACCAUUCCAUCCACGUUCACCCUAUGGGGUGGCAAAGCAAUUUGCCUAUUGGAGUGUAGUUAACCAUCGCGAAGCUUAUGGUAUGUACGCCGUUAACGGGAUUCUAUUCAACCACGAGAGUCCUCGACGCGGACCAACUUUUGUCACGCGUAAAAUCACUCGAGCCGUGGUGCGUAUUCACGCUGGAAUCGAGAGCUGCCUGUUUAUAGGCAACCUCGACGCCCAGCGCGACUGGGGCCACGCUCGAGACUACGUGGAAUGUAUGUGGCGAAUGCUACAGCACGACACUCCCGAGGAUUUCGUGGUUGCCACUGGAGAGUGUCAUAGUGUGCGUGAGUUUGUAGAGCUCGCGUUCGCCCACGUAGGCUUAACGAUCACGUGGAAGGGUGUUCGAGGCUCCAAGGACGAAGUCGGAGUCAUCGUUAAAGAUGAUGAACCAGACGUAGAUCGUGUGGUAGUGCGUGUUGACCCGGUGUAUUUCCGCCCAACAGAGGUUGAUCUACUGUGCGGCAACGCGUCGAAAGCUCACCGCGAACUUGGCUGGACGCCAACUGUUCGAUUCCGAGAACUCGUGGCUGAAAUGGUCGCAUCAGAUGCCCGUGAGCUUCAUCAAGAAACCCACGACAUGAAAUACGAAGUCCCCAUUGAGCUUCAAAGUCAGGAAUUCCAGCGUUUCCAAUAA